AUGAUUAGCGAAUCACUGCAAAUCAAAACAAUAUGUUCUGAUGCUGAAAAUUCUGUGUUUACGAUUGAAAAUACCGCCUUAGACACUCAUCUGCUUGACUCUGCAGAACCGACAAGCCAGCAUCGUACGCUUCCCAGGAUCAAAAUUCUUGGUACGGGAGGUACGAUCGCUUCAAAGGCCGCCCAGGCAUCUCAGACAGCAGGAUAUCAUGUUGAUUUGACCAUUCAAGAUUUGCUUGAUUCGAUUCCAGAUAUUUCUCGUAUUUGCGAAAUAGAGUACGAGCAAGUUUGCAAUGUCGAUUCGAAAGAUAUGGAUGAGGAGCUACUUUUCAAAAUAUAUAGAGGAAUUUCAAGGUCUUUGCAAACAUUUGAUGGGAUUGUAAUAACUCACGGUACAGACACACUUGCAGAAACUGCCUUUUUUAUUGAGAGUACAAUUGACAGUGGGGAUUUACCAAUCGUUUUUGUUGGAUCCAUGAGACCUUCGACAAGCGUAUCAGCAGAUGGACCGAUGAACUUGUUUCAGGCUAUUUCUAUUGCAGCAGAUCCAAAAUCUAGAGGCCGUGGUGUCCUAGUAUCGUUGAACGACCAAAUAUCCGCUGGGUAUUACAUUACAAAAACCAACGCAAACUCUUUAGACUCUUUCAAUGUUCGUCAAGGUUAUUUAGGCAAUUUCUUCAACAAUGAGGUUCAUUAUUACUAUCCACCAGUGAAGCCUUUGGGAUGUCACAAAUUCAAGCUAAAAUUAUCUUCGGACUCGAGCACAAUACAGCUUGCAAAAGUGGGUAUACUAUAUGCUUAUCAGACAAUGGAUUCAAUGCUAGUCGAAUUUAUGAGUGAACAGUAUGAUGGCAUAGUAAUUGCGACAAUGGGUGCAGGUAGUUUACCAAGCGGUGUUAACGACAAAUGCCUGGAUGUACAAGUCCCAAUCGUCUACUCAAAGAGGACGAUGGAUGGCAUGGUACCCAGCAUAAAUCUACCAAAAUCCUCCAGUCGUACUGAAAACUCCAUCAUAGCUUCAGGCUAUUUGAAUCCUGAGAAAAGUAGAAUACUGCUACAGCUUUGCCUUGCGAACCAUUAUACAAUGGAAGAGAUCAGAUUCGUAUUCCGUGGCGUCUAUGGAGGGUGA